AUGGACCAGAAUACAGUCAAAUCCUCCGGAUAUGAGACUCCCCAGGGUCUUCAGAAAGAUGGUACCGUUAUCAACGAAUCUCCCGGCGCUAUAACCAGCAAUAGUCUCUGUGAAAACGAGUGCCGCACCGACCUUGAGAGACAAUAUGAGAUAAGAGGUAACGCCCACUUCCAUCGUCUUGGCUGGAAACGGCUCGCCGUCGUUUCAAUAGUAGAGGGGAUCGCUCUGGGGAGUCUAGGACUGCCUUAUGCAUUUGCAACCCUUGGUAUGGUUGCGGGCGUAAUCUUGACCAUUGGCCUUGGCUUCGUUGCAAUGUACGCAAGCUACCAGAUCGGACAGGUGAAACUCAAGUUUCCACAAAUUGCUCACUACGCAGACGUUGGACGGCUUCUAAUGGGGAGGUGGGGAUCAAAGCUCUUCUCCGGUAGCUUUGUGGCCCUGCUUAUCUUUGUCGUUGGAUCGCAUUGCUUGACGGGUGCUAUUGCGUUCAAAAGCAUCACCCAAAGCGAUUUGUGUUCGGUGGUCUUUAGCGUCAUAUCUGCGGCAAUAUUGAUGGUGCUGGCUAUCCCCCCGGCCUUUGCUGAUAUCGCCAUACUGGGAUACAUUGAUUUCGCUUCGAUCAUUCUAGCGAUCGGAAUUACAAUGAUUGCAACUGGUAUUCAAAGCUCAGAUGGUUCUGGGGACUCCGAAAUAGGCCGUUCUCCAUGGUCCGCAUGGCCAAAGGAGGGUAUCACUUUUACCGAGGCCAUUGUAUCCACCAAUAGUAUUGUGUUUGCAUAUUCAUUUGGUGGUUGUCUGCCAUCCUUUAUGGAGGAAAUGCACACACCAGAGGAUUAUGUCAAGACACUCUGGUGGCUUGGAGGCAUCCAGAUUAUUAUCUACACUUUAACGGGAUCCAUUAUCUAUGCCUCUGUGGGACAGGAGGUGCAGUCGCCUGCUCUUCUAUCUGCAGGUCCUCUUUUCUCCAGGGUAGUUUUUGGCAUUGCUCUCCCGGUCAUCUUCAUCUCGGGAUCUAUCAAUACGACUGUUGUCUCUCGCUAUAUCCACGGAAAAGUAUAUCAAAACUCCGUUGUCCGCUUCAUCAAUACAACCAAGGGCUGGGCUACGUGGCUAGCACUGGUGUCUACCAUUACCGCUAUUGGUUGGGUCAUCGCUGAGGCUAUUCCUGUUUUCUCGGAAUUGCUAUCCAUCAUUUCCUCCCUGUUCGUUUCCGGUCUGUCCUUCUACCUCCCACCAGUCAUAUGGUAUGUACUAUUGAGGGAGGGUGCAUGGUAUGAAAAACACAACUGGAAGUCUUCCAUAUACAAUGGUGUGGUCUUUCUGGUUGGUAUGAUUGUCUUCGUGUGCGGCACAUAUGCCAGCGUUGCUGAGCUAGUAUGA